AUGUUCAACGGGGAUGGGGGCUCGGGCUCGUGCUCGGGCUCGGGCAGGAACGUCAUCCGCAGCUCCAGCAUCAGCGGCGAGAUGUACAGCGUGGAGCAGAGCGCCCGCGGCGGCGCCGACUCCGUCCCCCUCAGCGCCAGCAAGAAGCGGCGCUCCAGCCUGGGUGCCAAGAUGGUAGCCAUCGUGGGCUUGUCCCAGUGGAGCAAGAGCACCUUGCAGCUCAACCAGACUGAGGGUGGCCCCAAAAAGCUGCGCAGCAACAUCCGGCGGAGCACAGAGACCGGGAUCGCAGUGGAGAUGCGCACCAGGGUGACUCGGCAGGGCAGCCGCGAGUCCACCGACGGCAGCACCAACAGCAACAGCUCCGACGGCACGUUCAUCUUCCCCACCACCCGGCUGGGGCCUGAGAGCCAGUUCAGUGACUUCCUUGACGGGCUGGGGCCAGGCCAGUUGGUUGGGAGGCAGACCCUGGCCACCCCUCCCAUGGGUGAUGUCCAUGUGGGCAUGGCUGAGCGGAACGGGCAGCUGGAGGUGGAGGUGAUCCAGGCCAGGGGACUUAUCCCAAAGAUGGGCUCCAAGUGCAUCCCUGCCACCUACGUCAAAGUCUACCUGUUGGAGAACGGCGUCUGCCUGGCCAAGAAGAAGACCAAGGUGGUGAAGAAAACCUGUGACCCAUCCUACCAGCAGCCCCUGCUCUUCGAGGAGAGUCCCCAGGGCAAAGUCCUGCAGGUGAUCGUCUGGGGAGACUACGGCCGCAUGGACCACAAGUGCUUCAUGGGGAUGGCCCAGAUCAUCCUGGAGGAGCUGGACCUGUCCAGCACCGUGGCUGGGUGGUACAAACUCUUCCCCACCUCCUCGCUGGCCGACUCCAGCAUCGGACCUCUGACGCGCCGCCUGUCCCAGUCGUCCCUGGAGAGCUCCACCAGCCCGUCCUGCCCCUAG